AUGGAGUGUCGCGACCUAUGUGUCAGUGCUUUUGAGACGUCACCUGCCACUUCAAGUCAACGCAGACGCGUCCGGUUUGAUAUGAAAGGGAUCUUCCACCAUUUCUCUUACUGCAUUCGAGAGCUUCCACUCCUUGCUCCACACCCGACUGUACCACACGAUGUGAGGAUGCUGAGUCACACGCGUAAACUUCAGUUAGCUGACCCAAAGAAUGACUCGGAAGACCUUCCCAUCGAGAUUCUUAUCGGCGGAGAUAACUAUUGGAAAAUUGUCAAGGACGCUUCGCCAAUCCGUCUCACGUCAUCCGUCGUGCUAAUUCCCUCUAAAUUGGGUUGGGUACUUAGCGGAAACAGAUCAGGCAUCACAGUAAACUUUCUAACGGUCAACUACGUGAAACUAAACACAUCAUCGCCCUCUGAAGAUAUCUUACGACGCUUCUGGGACUUGGAAACCAUAGGCAUCAUGGAAAACCAAGGAUUCGGCUUUACUUCAAGAGUUUGCUGCCUCAUUCUGUCUCGAGGAUCAGAGAAGAGUGGUUUCGUUUCCCAGGAAAGAAAAUGUCACUGUACCCAACAACCGACACGAGGCGGAGAAGAGAUUCUUCUCACUACAGACGAAAUUGGAAAGGAACGUUCAUCUUAA